AUGUUAAUAUUAGCCAAAUUUUUAUAUUCCUUUAAUAUACACAUAUAUUUUAGAGUAUCCAGUAACAACAAUGAUGUACUCAUCAGUAUCACAGCACGAGAUGUGUCGAUUGUGACAGCAGGCCCGCGCGGGAACCUGUCGGCCCCCGCGCGCCCGCUGCUCUUGAUGUCGCGACCGCCGUGCCCUGCACAGUGGCAGGAGAGACGGCGCCACAAUCAGCUAUCCAUUAAGGAUUAUCGAACAAGAAGACACAUUCGA